UCUAGUCGUUUAUCGUGUCAAAAAAAAAUCAACCAAAUUCAAGAUUUGAAUUCAAAACAUACUGGAAUUUUUUUCCCGUCUCCUGGUCAAUAGAGGGCAGUAGCACAUACACGUGUGGGUGGACUCGGGAAAAGGCCAACAAAAAAGAAGCACGGAGAAGCAAGAAGGAAGUUAAAAUUGAACUGAAGAAGAAGAAGAGGACCAUAAAAACAACACGGGCACCUGGCAGUCUGUUCAGAAACAAGAUAUUUCCCUGCUGCGCGGUGGCAAAUGGCCUGAAUUAGCUGCUGCUGCUGCUGCUGCUGCUGCUGCUGCUGCUGCUAUGGUGGACCUGAGAAGCCCCCGGUCUCACAACCGAGUGAGAGUCAGGGGUGAACGUAUCGACCGAUUAUGGCUUUAAGAGUUGGACGUCCACAAGAAUUUAUUUUCACCGUUCUAAAAUAAAGAGAUCGGAAGAUGGAGAAAGAGGCGGACGCCGUCACGGAUUCCGACGAGGAGCUCUCCGACGGCGAUUCCGCUCCGGCCGUUAAGCCGAGCCGUCGGCGGACGAGAGAAGACGACGUCGAGCACGUCCCCGACCCCGCAACGGGUGACGCGGAGUUUCUCGGCUCAACGGAGGGCAGAGAGGAGACGGAGGAGCUCUCUGACGGAUUGGAAGGGGAAAGCGCCGACGGUCACCCGAGCUCCCGGGUCACGGAUCGAGAGGAGGACGAAUCCGCGACGGAGCGGCGCGUCAACGGGGAUUCGGGUUGGAAAAGCUUCGGAACGGGCCGGAAGUGCAAACCGAGGAGCGGCGGAUCGUUUUCGGAGCAGAGCAAUCAAAGCCCUUUUUCGUCCCCCUCCUUUCAAAAAGGCGCUUUGGCGUCGGGCGGCAGGCACAAGCAGGCCCGCAGACGCAACCAUCACCACCAUCAGCUGAACCGUGGCCGCAAGCGCUCGGGCAAGCAACUGGUCUUCGCUUUUAAAGAAAUGCUGUCGGAGUCCGUGAGCGUCUGGUGCGUCUCCUGCGUCCACAUGAUGAUUGAAAUUAUCGUCGCCUUAACUCACAAUUGCGGCGUCGGCGUGGAAAGCGCGGGCUCCAAACUUUACCGCUCGGGACGGCGGCUGGUCGGAAAGAUCACAGACGUACCGGGAAUGAAGGCGGACGCCCUUCGGAUUCUCGAAUGGACCAAAUGCGCGGGCGCGGACGCCGCCGACAAAGCGGUCCGGUCGCUCGGGUGGACUAAACGAGCCGCCUUAUCCGCCCUGAGACUUCUUUUUGCCUCGCUCCUGUUCGCGUCCCGGCGGUUGCAAAGUGUCUCCGUCCGGCUCGGCGGAGAGAGGGGGAAACGCUAUUGGACGGCUUUCCGGGAUUGGCCUUUUUGGAGGAGGCUGCCGUUUUUUGCGGAAAGGCUCCGAAAGUGCUUCGGCGGGGACGGCCGCCUCGCGCGCGCCGACUCGCCGGGACGAGCGGCCAGAGGUCCGCCGGGGCGGGAGCUGGAAAGAUUGCUGGCCCUGGCCGAGGUCCCGGAAGAUGAGCUGGACCCGUUCGCCGUCCUCGGCGUGGAGGUUGACGCCACCGAGGCCGAGCUGAAGAAGGCGUACAGACAGCUGGCUGUCCAGGUCCAUCCAGACAAGAAUAAACACCCACGAGCUGGUGAGGCGUUCAAAGUACUGCGGGCGGCCUGGGAUAUUGUUAGUAAUCCAGAAACGCGCAGAGAGUAUGAAUUGAAGCGGAUGGCGGCGACGGAGCUCUCCAAGUCGAUGAACGAGUUCCUGGUGAAAUUGCAGGAUGACCUGAAGGAAGCCAUGAACACCAUGAUGUGUACCAAAUGUGAAGGCAAGCACAAGCGCUUCGAAAUGGAUCGAGAACCGGCAGAGGCCCGCUUUUGCGCCGAAUGCGGUCGUCGCCACGGCGCCGAGGAGGGGGACCUGUGGGCCGAGUCCAGCAUGCUGGGUUUGCGCAUCACCUACUUUGCCUGCAUGGACGGCAAAGUCUACGAUAUCACAGAGUGGGCGGGUUGUCAGAGGAUAGGCAUCUCUCCGGACACUCACCGUGUGCCCUAUCACAUCUCCUUUGGGUCCAAGAACAACAGCAAUGCGGCCAGAAACAGGUCACACUCGGAGCACGGUCCCGGUCCGGCCAACCCGGCAGAUUUGCAGGACUUCUUCAACCGCAUCUUCAAGGGAGCCGCCCCCGGCGACGUGCCGGCCAACGGGGGUUUCUUCCCCUCGGGUCCGCCUCAUCACCCCCCGCCGGGCGCCGGAGCUCCCCCGUUCUCGCCUCCCUCGGGCCAGACGGGUCACUUUACGCCGGGGUCCCAGCGGCCCGAGCCCGGCGAGCCGUGGGCCGAGGGCGGAAAACCCCCGCCUCGGAGGAAGAAGAAGGUCCGCAAGCCCUUCCAGAGGUGAAAUUUGCCGUGACGGGAUCGCUACUGAGACGACCCGCUCGCCGCGGGCCGAUCGGGGUCUCGCCCGACGUCCCGACCGGAGGUAAUUGAUGCCGCUCGGGAAGGCGCGAGACCUGAAGAUGAGGGACGGGCUCCGCUAAUAUGUCGGAAGGUUAAAAAGGUGGCGCGCGACCUCUGGUUUCACCUUAUUUUGGCUUUAGAUUCACGUCACGUCGCCUCUCCUAUACAUUUUUUCACUUGCUCUUUGCCACUCAGUCACUCGCUAAAUCUUGUAAAGUCGUCGCGGCACCAGUUAUCAACAGGACCGUGUUAGCAUCGCCGCACGAGAGUUCAUUGCAGUUACUUUCAAUGCUAGCAAUUAUACUGUAUUUCAAGAACAAAAAACUGAAGUUCUCUCAGUUUUACUUCCCCAUUUGAAUGUCUCAAAGAGAGCUCCGCCCCAAAUUCAUUUUUAGCUUAAGUCAAGGAGCCGGGACAGAUUUAUUUUCCUAUACGGCCCUCUGUUGCUCAUCAGUGCAUUGACGCAUCAUUCUGGUCAACAACAACAAAAACUAGAUAAAAGCUACGGGAGUUUUUGCAAUGUGUGCCUCAACAAACGUCUCGGAAUUCCAGUGGUGAUUAAAAUGUCCCUUCCGGGGACAUUAUAAAACCAACCUGAGGGGAUUUUCACUUUGCGAGCAUUUCUACUGCUUGUAUUCAUAAUCACGUUUCAAAAAACAAACUUCAGGAAAUCUACAGUGUUUACAUCCACUCUGUGUCGAUUGUCACAGUACGUGGGAUAUGGCAUUUGAUAACGGUAAUCAUUUUUUCCUACGGAGCGAAAGUGACAACUUUUGUGUUAGCUGGCUGUUAAUCCAAAAUGAAGUUUUCCGUUUUUCUGGAGCGGAGCGCUUACCUGUCGGGGCUUUUAUGGGUGCAAGUAAGUGUGUCGAAGUCAAUUUUAUGCAUUUGUGGUGUCCGAUCAAAUGUGCCAUGCCAGAACCACGGGUGUAAAGCUUGAAAGGGCAGCGGCACUAGAACUGAUUGAUUUUUUUGCUGAUAAAGUAGCACGAUUGAAUUUU